AUGUUAUGUGGUAAUAUUCCUAUUUCAGUCACCAAUUUAACGAAGCUUUCCUAUUUUAACAUCCACUCUAAUAACUUCACUUCCACGCUUCCAUCUAACAUGAGUGGAUUACACAAUUUGAAGGUGUUUGAUAUUGGUGAAAACUCAUUUUUCGGACCUUUUCCUGAUUCUUUGUUCAAAAUUCCCUCGUUGCUAUGGGUUGAUUUGGGAAAAAAUCAUUUCACGGGACCUAUACAGUUUGUGAAGAAUACGUCUUCAUUAUCAUCUGAGCUUUUUCACCUAGACCUUUCUCAUAACGCAUUCAGUGGCCUUAUCCCGGAAUCCAUAUCUGAUUUUUUCAGCUUUGAACAGUUGGUUCUUAGCCACAAUAAUUUCAGUGGGCCAAUCCCUUGUUCUAUAUCAAAGUUAGUCAAUCUCGAUUGGCUUGAUCUUUCCAACAACAACUUGGAAGGUGAAGUACCAAGUUGCUUAUGGAGAUUGAGGACGCUGAUGCAUAUGGAUCUAAGCUCGAAUCAUUUCCGAGGAUCAUUUCCCCAUUGGAUCUGCAAGCUAAAAGAGUUAAGCUUAUUAGAUUUGUCCAACAAUCUCUUCAACGGCUCCAUUCCUCCAUGUUUAAGGAACUCCAUUGGUUAUCUUACAGACAUGAUUCUGCGUAACAACAGUUUCAGUGGAACUCUUCCAGAUAUAUUUUCCAAAGCUACAAAGUUACAAAUGAUCGACGUUGGUCGUAACCAUCUGGAGGGAAGUCUUCCAAAAUCCUUGAUUCAUUGCAAGGCUCUGAAGCUUCUGAAUGUGGAAUAUAACAGAAUCAAGGACAAGUUUCCAUAUUGGUUGGGAUCUCUACCAUCACUAAAUGUUCUCAGCCUCAGAUCAAACGAGUUCUAUGGGACGAUGUAUAAGCGGAAUGUCUUCAUUGGGUUUCAUAGUUUAUGCGUCAUCGAUCUUUCACAUAAUGACUUAAGUGGAACUCUUCCACCUUCCUAUUUUUCCAACUGGCUUGGAAUUACCAAAAUAUACAACUUCUCAGAAAUGCCCAAGAGUAAACAACUGAUGUUUGGCAGCAGGUAUGAUUUUAGAUCGAUGGGAAUGGUGAAUAAAGGAGUAGAACUGAGGUACGAGAAAAUCCGAAAAGACUUCGGAGCCAUCAAUUUGGCUGGAAACAGAAUCUGUGGAAAAAUACCUGAAUCUAUUGGCUUCUUGAAAGAACUGCGUCUUCUCAACUUAUCAGGCAACACAUUCACAGAGGAUAUCCCACUAGCCUUGGCAAAUCUGACCAAUCUUGAGACGUUGGACCUCUCCAGUAAUAAGCUUUCAGGUCAAAUCCCACAAGAUCUUGGCAAGCUCUCAUUUCUGUCAUACAUGAACUUCUCUCAUAACCUUCUCCGAGGUCCAGUUCCACGUGGCACACAGUUUCAAAGCCAGAACUGUUCUUCGUUCUCCGACAACCCUGGACUCUACGGUCUCGAAGAUAUCUGUCACGAAGCCCAUGUCCCAUAUCCCCCCGAGGAAUCACCAGAGGCAGAGGAACAUAUGUUUAGCUGGGUGGUAGCUGCAAUAGCAUAUGGACCUGGUGUAUUAUGUGGCCUGGUGAUUGGACAUAUCUUUGCUUCACACAAUCAAGAGUGGUUCACAGAAAGGUUUGGUCGAAGAAAACUCAGAGUCACCACAAGUGCUCGUUAA